UCACCAAAUAUACAUCUGAUGCAACCUCACAUAGUAUUGAGUCCAACACAAACUUUUUCACCAGUCAAGACAAGGCAUAUGAGACAAGGCUUGUCCAAUAGUGAACCACAAAUUAAAACAAAUCAGGAUGUUCUUGAUGUUAAUCAAGGCGCAUUGACAGCUCCUCGUCAAAGCAAAGGACAAAGAACUAUUGAUUUAUCUACAACAGUCAAAAGAAACGUGAAUGAAACUCAAUUUUAUCAACAUGUUUCCCAGCCACAGGACAGAAUAUCAAAUGUUUAUGAUCAAGGUGCUUAUGAUAGUCUUAAUGCUCUUGAGGCACUUGCAUCACAGAAUGGCUUUAAUUUUAAUGCCUCAGUUCUGGGACAAGCAUCGCAACAGCUUGCUGCAUUAAAUCAAAAGCAAAGAAAUUCUCAUCCACAUGACAAAACUUCAGCACAGCAACAGGAAGGCCAUAUAGGCAGAACUAGAACUAGUUCAGAGUCAAAAUCAAAGAAAAGGCGUAAAUCAUCUAGGGGCAAAUCAGAGGCUGACAUUGAGAAUGAGCCAGUACAGCACAGCUCAACACAACUACACCAUUCAGAGAUUGUAGAACAUGACAAUGUCUUUAAUGUAACACCAAGUGAGAAAAGCUCACAGCAGAGAGCUUCACGAUCAAAUAGAAAGUCUGUGGAAGAGAAAAAUGACACCAGUGUUGAUGCUACAGCUGAUGCACAGAAUUUAGCACCCAUGUCAGCGAUGGACUUGAAUCUCGCAAAACAAAAUCAUUCACAUGUGUUACCCAAUAGAACAGAGGGUAUGAUAUCACCAAAUAGUGAUCAAGGAAGGGACCACCCUCAAUGCAUAUCACCAAUGGUAAAGUUAUCUCCUGCUCUCAAGGGGAUUCAGCUGUAUGUUCCAAAGUUAGUUAUAACCAAAGUGAAGCAGCGGCGAGGCUCCAAGGAGGUGGAGACACAUCAAGUUCGAGAAGUUUUGCCAGGGAGUGAAAGUGAUUUGCAAAAGACCAAGAAGCGUCGGAGGUCAAGUGACGAAAAUUCUAGAAACAGUAGUAUUCAUGACUGGGAGGAAGCCCCGCCUAGGAAGAAAAGCAAAAGCAAGAAGCAGAAAGUUCAAGAAUCUCACGAUCCUGAAGAUAUCAUGGAAUCACCAACCUUCAAAAAGCUUGGAGAUUUACUUGAGAACUUGUUUGAAUUUGAUGAUGAGUGUGAUGCACCAAGUUUUCAUGAUUUGGAUGACCAGGAACCAAAACCAGAAACCCUUCUUUCGAGAUCAAUAGUUUUGGAAUUUUACACUGAGACAGCAAAGCUCAAAUCUUUAGGAGUAUUACAUAAGGUACCCACUGAGGAUUUGAUGAGACUAUUGAAUAUAAUGGAACGGCACAUUAGAGAUGGUUUACAUUUACAGUUGCAGAGCAAUGCAGACCAGGAUGAUGACGAAGAACAGAGACUUUGGCGUGACUUAUGCCUCGAUAGGAUGGUGCGAGCAGUAGAGGCUUCUCUGGUUGUCCUUAUCGUCCUCACAUCUCCUGCCAUGUCCAAACAGUUAUACCUUGAAGAGGUCAUCAACAGGGUUAUUUCUCUUGCAAAGUAUCAGCUGAAAACCAACAUUUUCCCUGAAUAUGAUCCCCUUUAUAGAGAAUCAGACCCUAAUGAGAGUGUCCUUAUGAUGCCAAAAGCCAAAAGAGCCAAGUCUGCUCAUAUAAAACUCAAGUCUAUGUCACUGUUUUACAACAAAGUGUGUGAACUGGUCUCACUGCUGGGAGAUCUUGUGGAUAUUCAAGCCCUUACUGAUACAGAUGUUUUGCAGUUUGCUAGGCAGUUCUUUCUGGCCCAGUGGAUUAGAGAUAACCACAUUGAAAUCGAGCGUUCCCUAAGGAGUCCUGCUGAUGAUCCCCUUGAUGCUGCAGAAGGAGUGACUAAUGAUGCCUUGUUAGGAGCACAAAGCAUUGCAAAGCUGGAAGACAAAAAGGCUUUCCUGUUGUCUAUUUUGGAUGGAAAAAAUCUGUCAAACUUCAGGUCAUCUAGUAACUGUUUAGACUAUGAUCAGGCAACACUGGUCACAAGACAUCUUGCUUCAUCAAGAUCAUUUUCAAGGAGCUUUGACGCAUACUUGAGCCAGAUCCUCAGAGUGCUGAAUGAGAGUGCUGUCGCCAUCAGAACCAAGGCAAUGAAGGCACUCUCUGCUGUCAUCUCCGCCGAUCCUUCCAUUCUCUCAAGGGAUGAUAUGCAGAAAGGAGUUCAUUCAAAAUUUGUGGACAUGUCAACCAGUGUAAGAGAAGCGGCAGUUGAGCUCAUUGGACGUUUUGUCCUCAAUAAACCAGAGCUUAUCCUUCAAUACUAUGACAUGAUCAUUGAGAGGAUACUUGACACUGGCAUCAGUGUAAGGAAAAGAGUGAUCAAAAUCCUUAGAGACAUAUGCAUUAGUCAUCCAGACUUUCCAAAAGCUACUGAAAUAUGUGUCAAGAUCAUUAGAAGAAUAUGCGAUGAAGAAGGAAUAAAGGAACUGGUCACCAAAGUGUUUCAGCAGAUGUGGUUUACUCCACUCAAGAACGAUGAAAACUCUGAUGUUCUUGUCAAACGUGUUGUUCAUAUGACCGAUGUGGUUGCAGCAUGUGGUGAGAGUGGGGACUGGUUCGAGCAGCUAUUGGAAAAUCUGCUUCACAAUGAGGAAGAUUCUAUUUCUAAAGCUUCAGAGGAGGCCAGUCGACAAAUUGUAAAUUGUCUGGUUGAGAAUGUGUUGAGUUUGGAAGAGAGAGCAGUUGCCCAGUCUGAAGGCAAAGGCUCAAGCAGCCAAAGACUUGUGUCAAGCUUGUCUACAUUGUACCUGAUAAGCAAGAUUAAACCACAGCUGUUAGUGAAGCAUGCCAUGACAUUACAGCCAUACCUCAGUACAAAGUGCAGUACCCAAGGGGAUUACCUUGUGAUUCAUAAUGUUGCGCGCAUUUUGGAGCUUGUAGUUCCACUGAUGGAGCAUCCAAGUGAAACAUUCCUCGCUAGUUUAGAGGAGGACUUGAUGAGACUUACAGUCAAACAUGGGCAAACGGUUGUUCAAAGUUGCAUAAGUUGUUUAGGUGCUGUGGUAAAUAAAGUCACCCAUAACAUCCGGCUCGUCAAGGACUACUUCCAAAAGUACCAUGGCUACCUAGCAAAGUCCAAAGCAGAUCUGUGCAAGAAUCCUGGCAAGGCUCAGGUGAACAGGCCAACUCUAUUACGAUCCUUGUUCACUCUUGGACUGCUCUGUAAGCAGUUCGAUUUUGACAGUGAUGUGAAACCAAAGAAUGAGCAGGGUUCCACUAAGGACAGAGUGUUUGCUGUGUACAUCUACUUCACUAAGCACAGUGAUGAAGAAGUUUGUCAAAAAGCCAUUACAGGACUAGGGUUUCUUUGUAUGAGGUAUGGUGAAUUGCUCCUGAAGGGAGAAGCCAAGGAUCUUUACCAGGGAAUCUUAUCACAACCCAAUCAGCCUUUGAAGCUUAAACUGCAGGUAUUGAAGAACUUGCAGACACACCUUUUAGAGGAGGAAAAAAGACUUCAUGUUCAAGAUCAUCACAGACAUAGGAAAGCGGAAAAAGAAAAGGAAAAUCAAAACCUCAAGGAGUUGGGGGAUAGUCAGUCUGGUACAACAAGUGCAGUGAUGCAAGUGUAUCUCAAGAGUGUGCUGGAGAGCUUUUUACACCCCCAGCCUUCAGUGCGAAUGGCUGCCCUUCACGUUGUGAAUUUGAUUCUGAGACAAGGUCUUGUUCAUCCCGUACAGUGUGUUCCAUAUCUGAUCGCCAUUGGAACUGAUGAAGAACAACAAAUGAGAGUAAAAUCAGACCAACAGUUGUCAGAGAUCGACAGCAAAUAUUCCAUGUUUGUUCAGAUGAAAGCCCUGGCUGGAAUAAAGAUGUCAUUUGAACUUCAACGCCUAGUUCACAAGGUUUGUGAUUCGGGUGCCAAAUUAGACCUUCUGCUGUACGUGGCCGAUAACAUGGCGCACUUUCCUUACUCUGUUCAAGAAGAGCCACUCUUUGUUAUUUACCACAUUGACAACAUCCUAUCCGUGACAGGUGCAAAUAUGCUCCACUCCUUCAAAGAGGCUAUGACGUCCAAAGUAACGCCAACAGUUGAAGGACUUGACAACGUUCCUCCACCUUUAGAGAACGAGUUUGAAGAAGAAGAAACCUUCGAGUCUGUUUUAGCUCGGAUUCCCCCAGACCCAACAAUCUUCGAGCAGUGUUGCGUUUCUUCACAAGGUUGCCUACUGCUUCUGUAUUUGAAACAGCACCUAAAGGAAUUGUAUGCAUUUUCAGACAGUAAAUGUCACAAAUAUUCUCCGUCCGAGCCCACCAAGACGUAUGACAAGACUGUGUCAAGAAAAGUCGGAGUUGUCUUUAAUCCUGAGCAAGUCUUACGAUAUGUUGAAGAACCAGAGGCUGUGAGAAGUCAUGAACAGUUAGUCCGCGACUACUUAGAGUUCAAAUUUCUGAUGAUGAAGCUUGAUCCAUCGGAAGAAGACAGUGAUGAUUCUGGUAAUGGUGGAAGAGAUAGUCCUGUGGGAGAGGCGGGACAGAUGACUGACCUUGAGGGCAACGUUAAAACUCCUGGUGGCAAACCACGAGACAAACGCGCCCCUAAACCAAGAAAGGUCGUCAAGGGUCGAAAAACGCCGCCAGCUGGACAGACAAAGGCAAAGACGAAACCCAAGGGAAAGAGACCUAAGAAGAAAAUAGCGUCCAUAGAUUUGGAUCCGAGUCUGUUGGAAGAGAGUGAUGAAGAUGUUGACUUCCUGUGUCAAUGAAGCGGUGGCCAUAUGAAUUAUUGAAGGAAUUACAUACUUGCUGAAUUCUAAGACUUUUAAAAUUAACGUAGAAAGAUCAAUUAAGUUUAAUGGGGAAUUUUUAAAUCGCGAACAUUAUUGACCAAAAGUUAUUGUUAUAAGAUUGCAAUUGGUUACAGUACAGGCAUUUUUAUAGAUCUGUUGUAUUUUAUAUCAGCUCUUUAUUUCAUUGUACAUAGGUUCUUUUUACCGCGUAAAAGAUCAUACAUUAUUAAGGUAGUUACGGUUAUUUAUUGUGCAAGCUCCGUCAACUUAGUACAUCCUGCUAACCAUGUACUAAUUCGUUAUGUUCAUGUUUAACUUUGCCUUCAGUCGUAAAGUGCUGUCGACUUUGCAGCGCUGGAAAGACUAUCUUUCACUACAGUCAAAUCCCAAAAUUUGAGUGCAUUUUGCAGGAGGCAGUUAUAUCCCCUUUGCUCUCCAGUUGCAGUUUGACUUAUUUUAGGGUGCUUUUUUUCAGUAGAAUCUACCGGUUCCUCAAUGGAAGUCAAGUGAUAUGCUAACAACAGUUUCAAAAUUAUGAUCAAGUGAGAGGGAACUUUUAGCAGAGAUCCACGUGUAAAUUUAAAAAAAUCAAUCCAGUUCGUGUUUGUUUUUUAUAAAACAACCGCCAUAGCUCAAAGAACAGCUCUCUUUAUUAAAGUAGAGUAGGUGUAAAAAGCUUUGUAUGUAUUUUAUCAGUGUUAAUUU